AAAUGGAGUCUUACAAUUAAUCCUUGUAAACAUUUUUUGUUAUAAAUAUUUAUCCACAAUCUUUAUAAUCCAUAAAUUGCGUAAAUCUAACACUGUAUAAGAUUAAAGUAUUAACCUUUACAACAAAUUUUUUUAUCAGAUUUUUAUUAUCUCAUAAAGUGUAUUUUGUACUUUGACCCUAAACCGGGUGGCCAAAUACAGCUACAAUUCGUCUUCCACAUCAUUUUCGUUGCAAAUUCUCCAUUAAACCAUGUCUUUUUCCGUUUUAAAACGUUCGUUUUCAACGACCGUUGGUAAAAAUGCCAUAAAAAAUGUUGUCGUGAUCGGAGGGGGUUUGAUGGGCUCAGGAAUAGCUCAGGUAACCGCCCAAGCAGGCCAAAAUGUAACUUUAGUUGAAGUUAACGGAGAUAUCCUCAAAAAAGCUGAAUCAAACAUUGGAGUUAGUUUGGGGAGAGUUGCUAAGAAGCUUUUUAAAGAUAAACCGGCUUCGGAAGCUGAAAAAUUCGUAAAUGACACCAAAAGUCGUAUUAAAGGCACCACCGAUGUUAAAUCGGCUGUAACUGAUGCUGAUUUAAUCGUUGAAGCAAUCAUUGAAAACAUCGAUAUCAAACAUAAACUGUUUAAAACUUUGGAUGAAACCGCUCCAGCAAAAACUUUAUUUGCUUCAAACACUUCUUCGUUAUCAAUCGGUGAAAUCGCUUCUGUUACUAACCGAAAGGACCGAUUCGGAGGAUUGCAUUUCUUCAACCCCGUUCCGAUGAUGCGUCUUUUGGAGGUGAUUAGAAUCCCGGAAACGAGCGAUGAAACUUAUAAAAGCUUCAUGGAAUGGGGAAAAGCCAUCGGAAAAACUUGCGUCACAUGCAAAGAUACCCCCGGGUUCAUCGUUAACCGCUUAUUAGUUCCGUACAUGGCCGAAGCAGUUCGAUUAUACGAAAGAGGUGAUGCUAGUUUUGAAGAUAUCGAUAUUGCAAUGAAAUUGGGGGCUGGAUACCCAAUGGGGCCUUUUGAACUUCAAGAUUAUACUGGUUUAGAUUUAGGCGUUCAUAUAAUGGAUGGUUGGGAGAAAAAGUUCCCGAACGACCCUCUCUUUAAGACAUCAGAAACAAUGAAAAAACUGGUUAAGGAAGGAAAAUUCGGAAGAAAAUCCGGCGAAGGUUUUUAUAAAUACACAAAAUGAAGUGGAUUUAAUAAAUUCUUAUUAAGUUUUUA